AUGGACAGCCCGAUAGAUAGGUCCGGGGGCUCGUCCUCGGCGCCGGGCUCGACGCCGACGGGUACGGCGACGACGCCUCACAGUGGUAGCGGUGGUGGUGGUGGUGGUAGUGUUGCCAAGACGCCUAGUGUUGCUAUGCCGUUAGGAAGUAUGUCUGCGGCGAGCGCGGUUGGUUCAUCUACGACGACGACAACGACGACGAGUACGACGGCCUCGGCUUCGGCUGGGAGGGGCGGCACGCCUGGCGCUACUACGCCUGGCGCUGCUACUGCGAAUACUGGAGCGGCUGUCAUUUCGAGGCGGUCGCAUCCCAAGUCGAGGACGGGUUGUAGGACCUGUAAGAAUCGGAAGAUCAAGUCCCAGCGCCACUCCUCGUCGGUCCCGCGCUCGCCGGGGAGUGCUCCGACUCCGGGGCCGAUCAAUGGAGCGGGCGGUGACCCCCUGGACCUCGGCAACGGCGGUAGCGGUGGGGCCGGCGGUGGCGGCGGCGGCAGCAGCAGCAUCGACCUCUCCCUGAACCUCAUCGACCUGGAGCUCAUGCACAACUUUACGACCUUUGCCUUCAACACGCUCUCGACGGACCCCGUCGUAAGGCAGAUGUGGAAGGUGCCCGUCGUCCGGCUGGCGCUCGAGUGCGACUACGUCAUGAGGGCCCUCCUGAGCGUGUCAGCGCUGCACCUCGCGCACCACAGGCCCGAGAGGCGGGAUUUUUUUAUCAGUCGGGCCUUGACGUAUCACCAAAUGGCGAGCCGGACGGCCAUUGGGUUGAUGGGCGCGCUGGACGGGGAGAAUUGCGAAAAGUUGUAUCUGUUUUCGGUGUUGACCAUCUUUUUUGCUCUCGCCUGCCCACGCAAGUCCUCCGACUCGCUGAUCAUGGGCGAGUCCUCCUUCCCAGACUGGCUCUUCCUCCUGCGCGGCACCCGCUCCCUCCUGGAGGAACUCGACCCGCACACCUACGCCGGUCCGCUGACCCCCAUGUUCAACCACGGCCGCGAGCGCUACUUGCACACGCGCGACCAUGCCAAGGUCCACUCGGACCUCCUCGCGGACCUACAGCGCCUCGUCAACAAGACGUGCGGCGACGCGGCCUUGCUGCCCGUGUACAACCGCGCCAUUGACGAGCUGCGGCGGACGCUGAGCGGGUUUCUGUGGGACGGCGGGCGGGGCAUGGAUAUCACUGAUGCCUUUGUGUGGAAGUACCUGAUGGCGGAGGAUUUCUUGCCGUUGUUGAAGAGCCCCGGCGCGACGCAGGAGGCUGUUGCCAUUUUUGCGCAUUUUUGUAUACUGCUCAAGAGAUUGGAGAAUGAGUGGUGGCUUCAGGGGUGGGCUACGCAUCUUAUUUCGAGGGCGUGGGCUGUGCUUGAUCAGGAUCAUCGGCUUUGGAUUCAGUGGCCUAUUGAGGAGCUUGGGUGGGUGCCUCCUUGA